AUGAUUGGCCGCGCGCUCCCCACCCAGUCUCGCGUGUCGCUGAGAGAGACUUGCCGCCCGCUCGCCGACGCGCUCGCCGGCGCGUUUGACGCCGUGUGCGUCGAUGCGCGCUUGUUCGAGAGCGGCGGAUCGGCCGCCGCCGCCGGCCUCGCGCGCGUGUGCCCUGCGGCGCAGCGUGCGGUGGUCAAGCUGUGGCUUGUUUUUUCAAAGCCGCCCUCGGAAGCUUCCUUGGGCCGCCUGUUCACCACCCUGGCGUCGACCAAGCCGCUGCUGGAGUCUCUAGAUAUAGAAUGGGUCCAGGACAUCUCGGUCUACUUCCAGCGUCGGCUCGCCGAGUGCCGGAGACCUAGCAUGGACGGCGCCGAGGCACUCUGUGCGGCGCCCGUCGCGCGCGCCGCCGCGGCCGCGCUUGCGUGCGCGGGCUGCGGCCCGCGGCUGCGGCGUCUGGCCCUCAUGCCCGCCGCGCUCGGCGGCACUGGCGCCGGCCCGGACGCGCCCCGCGACGGCGCAAUAUCUGGCGUGGCACUGCUCAGCCGCCUGCCCAGGCUGCGCCAGGUGGUGGCGCGCGAGGCGGACCCGACUAGGGGACCAGGCGUGAGCCCGGCAGGCCUGAGCGAGAUCGGCUGCAUUUCCGGCCUCGAGUCGCUCUCGGUUGACCUGUGGACUGGCGACGUCGCAGAAGACGCGCUGCAGUUCUACAAGGGGCCCAUCCCCGAGUGCGACGCGGCGACGGGCCAGGGAUGA